UCUCUCCUUCUCUCCUUCUCUCUCCCUGUAUCUCUCAGACUCACUGACUGGCCGAUCAGCCGAGGAAACACCAGCAGAGAACAGAGGACUUCACUCCAUCACUCCCACCACUGUGUUUCUGUUGAUUUUCCACAUUAAUCUGCAGCAUGAAAGAAAGAAGACUCCCCCAGCCUUUUGUAGCGAGGUGUAAACUGGUGCUGGUCGGUGAUGUCCAAUGCGGGAAAACUGCCAUGUUACAAGUGCUGGCCAAGGACUGCUAUCCUGAGACGUACGUCCCCACUGUGUUUGAGAACUACACAGCCUGUCUGGAGCUGGAGGAGCAGCGAGUGGAGCUCAGCCUCUGGGACACAUCAGGGUCGCCAUACUACAACAACGUGAGGCCCCUGUGUUACAGCGACUCUGACGCAGUGCUCUUGUGCUUCGACAUCAGCCGACCUGACACGGUUGACGGUGCCCUGAAGAAGUGGAAAGCUGAGAUCCAGGACUUCUGCCCCAGCACACGGAUCCUGCUGAUAGGCUGUAAGACGGACCUGCGCACGGACGUAUGCACACGCAUGGAGCUGUCCAAUCAAAAACAGAGUCCCGUCUCCCAUGAACAGGGUUUGUCCAUGGCCAAACAGCUCGGAGCCGAGGCGUACCUGGAGUGCUCGGCGUUCACAUCGGAGAAGAGCAUCCACAGCGUUUUCCGUACGGCGGCGCUGGCCUGCAUGAACAAGCUGCAGCCUGCCAACAAGCCCAGCCCCGUCCGCCGCCUCUCCAAGAGACUCCUCCACCUGCCCAGCAAGACGGAGCUGCUCUCCUCCACCUUCAGCAAGGACAAGUCCAAGAGCUGCGCCAUCAUGUAAAUACUGUUGGGAUCACGGUGGAGGACGAGCAGACUGUUGAGUGCUGUUGGAGCUGGUUUCGGGGCACAGAUGCAGGGAGAGAGAGAGCAAAUACGUGGAUUCCUUCCUCUUUCUUUCUCUCUCCCUCUCCAUUGCAGCCCAAACUCCCUCGACCAUGUCACGCAUCUGUCUCUACUCUGAAUCUGAACUUUUUGGACCGUCACCAGCAGUCGUCACAGUGACAGUGAUACUUUUUUGUUGUUCUGAGAAGUUUAAGUUUAAUUCUUUGCAAAGCGAGUGUGUGACAGGCACUUACAGUAAAGGUCCUGUUUUCUCCUCUCAGAGGCUGAUGUGAUCAGUCAGCUUAAAUAAGGCCAGUACCUCCUCGUUUCCAAGGGGUUGUAAACACUGCAUUACCCUGAUGAGACCCACUUGAUAAUCUUGAUAGUGGCGCCCCUUUCCCCCACCAUCUUUUGAUUUAAAUGCCUCCUUAAGAUCACAAUACGGGCUGAGUGAUGAGACAAAAUGUAAAGUCUGACAGGGCAGGAAGCCGUAUGUACACAUUUUAAACAGUGGUCCCUCAGGAAAUGAUUCCCCCCACUUGACCCCCUCACAGUGUUUUGUUCCGGAAUUAAAGCUGACGGUGGAGGAACGAGGAGAAAGAAGGGAGGGAUUUGGCAAGCAAGAGUCUUCACUUGUAGAAAGGUGGUGGGAGGACGAGCUGCCGAAGGAGCGCGAUGUGACUCAGCACUCGCAUGAGCCACGAAACGCCGCAGCGUGGAUGAAAACAAACAGAAUCUGAGACAUGUAAAGACUGAACAUGUUCUAUCAGAUUAGACCUUUCAUUCUCCUUUCAGUCUUCAUAUAUCAAUAUGGCUUGAUUUUAGUGGAGUUCCAUACGUGUUCCAACAAAAACAUUAAAUAUUCUUUCUUUUUUUAAAAAAGAUAAAACAAAGAUUUCUUUGAAUACGAGCUAAACAAGAUGGAUUUAUUUAUAUCUGUUGCUUCAUGGAUAUUUAUUGAGGAGUAAGUUGGGACUUUUUAUUGUAGUUACAUGUCUAUAGUGAACACAGUACAACUUUUAAAUCUUAAUUAUUUGAUAAUUAUAUUUAAGACACCCAUGCUUCCAUUGUUAAUAUCUGCAUUGGUUUCCAUUAGCUCCCAAAGUUUUGGAGAAGGUUGUUGUACCAAACAAUGCAGACUGAAGCAAACAUGUGACUAAAAGCUGACAGAGAAAGAGAGAAUGUUCACAUGAUCAUCUGGACUACAGAAAUUGUGAUAUUCUUCUUCUUCUUCUUUCCGCUUCUCACUUAAGGCCACAGCAUCUAUCUUCUCAGAUUUUCUCUUUUUCUUCCCUCUAACAACCAAGGCUGAGCAAAUCCAUCAUUGUCUAAUUGAAAUGGCAAUUUGAAACAAAGCCAUUAGCAAAUCACAAAGGGUUGUGUUUUAUGCCAGUGGAAAAGAAAAAUGCAAUACAUAGAUAAUAGAAAGGCUUCAUGUUUUACAGUUCUUAUUCUUGUGAUAAAAUGUAGUAGUUUAUAUUUUUGAUGGCAUUUUUCAAUGAUUUGAAGGUCACACCAUCCUGGGUAUUACAACCUACUCAGAAAGGCUUUAAAUUGAAUUCCCGCCACACGUGCAUCAACACUAAAUGUCUCCUGAGAUGGUGGCCUGAUGUUGCAGGGUUUUUGAAUCGAUUCAUAGGUCAGCUCCAGGUGGAGAGAUUUAUUAUUUUCUUUCUUUUGAGGUUUUAAUAAUAUAUCAUUUUCAUUUUCCCUGCAAACUACUAAAGAUUUUCUACUUUUAAAUCCGCUUUUGUCUCGGAUGUUUCUACACUUGCUUCCCUGUGACGGUUCCGUUAGCUGUUGAUGUUGUUCUUCUAGUCACUCGAGUCUUCAGGCAUUAGCCGCUGUUGACAGCUCAGUUAAUAGAGGAGUCUGUGAUUUGUAGGUCUGCACCGAGAAGCCCCGGACUUCUCUGGAUGUACAGCACACUGGAAUUAAUGCGUUACCUAGCAACAGCGCGAGCAUGGACUCCUGUCUCCCGGAGAAAGGGGAGGGAUGGCUCUCCGAGAGGGCGCCUCGCCUUUUAUUUGUAGCAUCAGACAGAAGCCACAGCGAAGGUGACGGCUGGACAUUUCAGGGAGCAGCAGACACUUAAAUAACUCAACACUGGCUUUAAAGAAAUAUGGGUUGUUGGGAGCAGUAGCAUUCCGUCUUAGCUCAUGUCUCUGCAGUUCUUAUUCCAUUUGUCCUGCCAUCAUAAACACUCUAAAUUUUGACAUUUAUUAUCUUAGGGUGUGUGCAGAUGAUUCUCAGACAUUUAACUCACUUAUAAUAGAAAUACAUACAAUGUGAGGUGUAUCCUGAAAAUACAACUAAUGUGAUCGGGUAAGCAAUCGAAUUUAUUUAUUUAGUUUUUAAUUCUCCUCCUUCACUCUCCUUAUGGUAUAUAUACAAAUGGACAGAGUUUGCUGGUUUCAAGAGGGGACAUCUCCACUGGUUGCAAAAAAGAACUCCAUUUUUCAGAGGAGUUAAUGGUCUCAAUUGCUAGUUUCAGGUUCAAAAGAACCGAUAGAACGUGGUGUCAAAUUUGUGUAUUAUGCUCACAUUUAAAGGAAAAUAGACAAUAAUGUGCGUUACAUGUGAGUGGACACAUCCAAUAGUCACCUGGUGACAUCUGUGAGCUCCCGUUUGAGAAAAAAUGUGAACAUGGUCGCGGCUACGUCCUGAAUCUGGAGGCUUCAAAUUCAGAUUCUCAUGGAUGACAUCACACCCUGAUUGCCACUUUUGUCCAUUCUGAGUCGAUGAUCUUCCUCCACUGCUGCGAUUACAAGCGUUUGCGUCACAAUUAUCGGCACAGUUGACCACUAUCAUAACAAUGACGUGUCUCAGUAGUUUACGUCUUCCGAUAAGACACACACACACGGAAAUAACUAAGAAGAAAAACUGUUGCUUAAAGCAUCCACAAGAUGGGAUUUAUGACUUAAUAUUGCAUUGUUAUAAUUGUCUUCUAAAGACGUCUCCUAUUUGAGAUAUUUAAUUGAAUGCCUUUUUUUAAAAAAAAGAAAAACCUGCAUAUACUCUGUAUUUUUUUCUGUUGUACAUAUCCUUUCUGUUAAAACUGUUUUAAAAGGAAUUUUCCCCUCUGGAACGAAUGUUACUGAAGCAAAACUACAUGUGUCAAGUUGCCAGUUACGGCUUAAAUUAUUGACUGAAUUCUGUAAUUGUUAUUGUGAUACGCUAUUUUCAUCUCUGAGUCUUUAUUUAAAUAAACAAGUCUGAAGUUCA